AUGAGGAAUGCAAGCCGGCUCUUUUUCUUUGCUGUGGUGGCCUCCUGCAUUAACGGUAGCGAGACGGCAGAUGCUGAAGAGAGGCUCAUGAACCACCUCUUGAACAGCUCGCGCUAUAACAACUUAAUUCGCCCGGCCUUCAACUCCUCGCAGUUGGUGGUGAUAGAGCUCCAAGUGUCCCUGGCCCAGCUCAUAAAUGUGAAUGAACGCGAGCAGAUCAUGACCACCAACGUCUGGCUUAAUCAGGAAUGGACUGACUACCGCUUGGCUUGGGAACCUUCUGACUACGAAGGCAUAAAUAAGCUAAGGAUACCCGCUAAAAAAGUUUGGCUACCGGACAUUGUGCUUUACAAUAAUGCCGAUGGCACGUACGAAGUCUCCGUGUACACCAACGUGAUCGUAAAGAACAACGGAAGCAUUUUCUGGCUGCCCCCCGCCAUCUACAAGAGCGCCUGCAAGAUCGAAGUGAAACAUUUCCCGUUUGACCAACAAAACUGCACCUUGAAGUUCCGGUCGUGGACUUACGACCACACGGAAAUCGACAUGGUUCUCAAAACGGGCACAGCCAGCAUGGACGAUUUCACGCCGAGCGGGGAAUGGGAUAUUGUGGCGCUCCCGGGGCGAAGAACUGUGAAUGCCCUGGACCCCAAUUACGUGGACGUGACCUAUGACUUCAUCAUUAAAAGGAAGCCCCUUUUUUAUACUAUUAACCUCAUAAUACCGUGCGUGCUUAUAACAUCCCUCGCCAUCCUGGUGUUCUACCUGCCUUCAGACUGCGGGGAGAAAAUGACCUUGUGCAUCUCGGUAUUGCUCGCUUUGACUGUGUUCUUGCUGCUGAUUUCCAAAAUCGUCCCACCGACGUCACUGGACGUCCCGCUGAUUGGGAAGUAUCUGAUGUUUACAAUGGUCCUGGUGACGUUCUCGAUCGUCACCAGCGUCUGCGUACUGAACGUCCACCACCGGUCCCCCAGCACCCACGCCAUGCCGCCCUGGGUGAAGGUGGUCUUCCUCGAGAAACUGCCAAACUUUCUGUUCAUGCAGCGCCCGGAGAACAACUCGGCGAGGCAGAGGCUGUACAACCGGAAGAAAGCUAAAACGGAGUCUGUCUGCACCGACCUGUCCGACCUAUACAAGGGCUCGACCUACUUUGUGAACACGGCCUCGGCCAAAAAAUAUGACUUGAAACUUACAGAGAACCCCGACCACGUUGGCAGCCAUCAGGACGUCCGGCUGAGAUCCUCGGCUAAGUUUUCCCCCGAAGUCCAAGAGGCUAUCGAUGGCGUCAGUUUCAUCGCUGACCACAUGAGGAGCGAGGACAAUAACGAGAGCGUCGUCGAAGAUUGGAAAUAUGUCGCCAUGGUGGUGGACAGACUGUUCCUCUGGGUGUUUGUCGUCGUUUGCAUUCUAGGGACCGUUGGGUUGUUCCUCCAGCCUCUUUUCCAAAACCAUACCAUUAUCGUGACCCCGUGA